CAGCAAGGCAACAGCUUCUUUUAGCCAGGCAACAGCUUCUUUUAAAUGGCCAAAAUAUUAGCGACUAAAUGUAUAGCUUUAACAAAAAAUUAAAUUGAAUUAAAUAAUAAAAAAAAAUUAUGAGCUCUCAUUCUAUCAGUCUGCUCUUGCACUCAGACCUGAUUCUUGAAAUGUGUUUCCAAAGUAGCAGGAUGUAAACAAAUAUCCAAAAUGGAUGCGCCCAUAGGGAAUAACGAAAAUAAUAAUGAGUUAAUAGGUGAAAUAUAUGAUUUAAUCAAAACUAUUAAAGACCCUGAAAAGCCCCAAACAUUAGAAGAAUUAGAAGUAAUUAAUGAAAAUGACAUAUCUGUUAAAAUAUCCGGAAAAUGCCGUGUUGUAAGUAUUGAAUUAACUCCUACAGUGCCGCAUUGUUCGUUGGCUACUGUCAUCGGUUUAUGCGUUAGAAUAAAAUUGGAGAGAUACUGGGGAAAAGAAUUGAAGUUGGAUAUAUACUUAAAAGAAGGUACUCACGCUACAGCACAUGCUGUCAGCAAACAGUUAAAUGAUAAAGAACGAAUUGCUGCUGCAAUGGAGAAUCCAAAUCUGAAGGAAAUGAUAGAAAACUGCAUAAAUGAAGAUGAUAAUUAACUUAUUUGAAUAUGUGCUAUUAUAAGUUUCAGCCCCUUACAAUGUGUAAUGGCAGCUAAAUUUUUCAGAUUUGGCAACUGUGAUAUGAAGUAGAUAUUUACAAGCUUCAAUUAAGCUUUCUAGCUGUAAUUAUAAAAGUUUUAAGAAGAUACUGUAAUUAUUUUAAUUAAACAGUGUAUUUAUCUAUUUGUAGUUUAUUAUGAAAUAUUUGAAUGUUUUUUAUUGUCUUGCCGUUAAUAAAAUUCUCAUAUUCUUA